AUGAGGAAUAUAAUUUCUACUGAUGGACAUUGCCUAAAGCAAAUCUUCCUACCGCUGCUUAAAACGCUGGUUCUUGACUGGGUUAUGGUUUCUCCUACCGACUUUGUGACUCUGCUUCAUGCUCUGCCUUCUCUUGAGGAGUUAGUUCUGGUUGAUGUAAUGUGGAAAGAUAUGGAGGAUGUCACAGUGUCAAGUGCAAGCCUCAAGACCCUAACAAUAAAGUUAAAUGAAUGGUUAAACACUUUAUCAUUUGAUACACCAAGUCUCCUUCACUUUAAGUACUUUGGUUCUAUUGCACCGGACUUUCCAGUAAUCAAUAUGGGAAACUUGGUUGAUGCUCAAAUGAACAUCUUUUUAUUAAAUGAACACCAACUCAUCAAACUCAAGAAACUUAGAGGACCAGAUAACGUGUGGAAACUCUUUCAUGGCAUACGUAAUGUUCCUCAUCUGCACUUGUUUCCACACACUUUUGAGGUGCUUUCUAUGUGCUCUGAAUCGAUGCCAGUGUUCAACAACCUCAAAUCAUUAGCUAUUAGGAGCGACAAGGAUCGAGGAUGGCAAACAAUGCCAACUCUUCUAAGGAACUGCCCACAUUUAGAAACUCUAGUCAUUCAGGGUCUCGUGCACCGUGUAACAGAUAAGUGUGGGGAUGUUUGUGGCUGCAUUUCUCGGGAGGACAAAGGACUUUCACUCAGACUUUGUCCAGUAAAAGUGAUAAAGAUUCAUGGGUUUCAAGGAACAAUAGAAGAGAUGGCGAUGAUAGAGCAUUUCUUGGAGUAUUUUCCAUGUUUGAAGGAGAUGGAGGUCUAUGCUGAAGAGAAUCCCACAUGGCUAAGAAACCAUGAAGUUUUUAAACUUGUCUUGGAGAAGUUCGAACUCUACAACAAGUUAUCGACUUGCAAUGUUAAACUCAUGGUGGCCCGUAUUCUUUCAUAUAUGAAGUGGCUGAAGAAAAAAACCAUCUCCUAGUUUUUUCCUGCAGUUUAAGGUGUGUCUAACUUUGCUUGAAAACUGUCUCAAACUGUACCAAUCUCAAAAGUCUGUAGUUUUUUUCUUCUUGCUUGUUUUAUGAAUAAUUUACUAUCGAUGGCUUAUUUUCAUUUGAUUCCCGCCAAGAAUUUGCUUUGAGUUUGUUCUUGU